AGUGGACCUCUCUCUUUCUCCCUCUCUCUCUCUCUCUCUAUGCUGUUUGGUCAGCGCGUGCACCGGCUGCCUGGAGACAUGACGCACCGUGGACACUUUUUGAACCGUUUCCAUGCUGUCGUGUUAUGAUACUGAGUGAGUGAUGGGGAGGCGCACAUGGAGGAGCAGCGAUGUCCUCGUCGUCCUGCUGCUGCUCGUCCUGUGCCGGGGUCGCGCCGGUGCCGCCACUCUGGAGUCCAUCCACUGGAGCAACUCUAACCCACAAUUUGCUCCAGGUCAGGGUCUGGUCCUGUAUCCUCAGAUCGGGGACAAGAUGGACAUCGUGUGUCCUCGGUCAGACGCCUCCUCCGGCGGGAAAGAGGAGUUCUACAGGGUUUACCUGGUCUCCAGGAGCCAGAUUGAGAGCUGCGCCGUGGAUAAAACGGACACGCCCCUGCUGAACUGUGACAAGCCUCACCGGGACGUCAAGUUCACGUUCAAGUUUCAGGAGUUCAGCCCCAACCUGUGGGGUCUGGAGUUCCUCAAGGGGAGGGACUAUUAUAUCACCUCCACAUCCACAGGUUCUCUGCAGGGUCUGGACAACACUAAAGGAGGAGCUUGUCGAACACAAUCCAUGAAGCUGGUGCUGAGAGUCGGCCAAAACUCCUCGGAUCCUCCUUCCACGCUGCAGGAGUCUCCCACCAGAUUCCCGCCCAUGAGACCAAAGUCAAAGGCCAAGGACUCUUCUGUGAAAGAACACGAUGCAGGACAGACGAACCCCAGUGACUCCGAGACGCGGCGCCUCGUGUGGAUUCUCUCCGUCGGCGCGCUCGUCCUCCUGCUCGCCGUCGUCGUGCUGGUUCUGCUUUGGAGGCACCGGCGGCGCCACUGCGUCCCGGGGAGCCAGCGGUCGGCCUCCGUGUCGCUCAACACUCUGGCCGCGCCCAAGCGGGACAGCGUCAGCAGCGACAACAACGGCUCGGACCGCAGCGACGUCGUCUUCCCGCUGCGGCCGUCUGACGGCAUGAUCUGCCGACACUACGAGCGCGUGACCAGCGGCGACUACGGGCCGCCCGUGUACAUAGUUCAGGAGGUCACGCCCACGUCGACACCCACCAACAUUUACUACAAAGUUUAACGGUCAUGAUUUCCACGCGCCUCGGGCUACAUACGUACACAUGACUACGUUUUCAUUUUGUGGUUCCCAAAGACUGGGUCGGGACCCACAGAUGACGUCACAUUUUAGUAU